AUUAUGCCUAUAUUUUUGGUUUCGACAAGUGGCCUCUUGGCUCUGAUAAUGUUCCAAGGAAAAUGGAGUUACAGAAACUUGAAGUCUCAGUCAUCAUGGACCCAGAGUGUGACAGUUUCCCCAGCAUCACCUCGGAUGAGUCUUAUAAUUUGCUUGUGCAAGAACCAGUGGCUAAGCUCACUGCCAACAGAGUUUGGGGAGUGUUACGAGGUUUAGAGACCUUUAGCCAGUUGAUUUAUCAACAUUCUUCUGGGACUUUCACUGCCAAUGAAUCCAACAUUGUAGAUUCUCCCAGGUUUCCUCAUAGAGGAAUUUUAAUCGAUACAUCUAGGCACUUUCUGCCCAUUAAGACUAUUUUGAAAACUCUGGAUGCCAUGGCUUUUAAUAAGUUUAAUGUUCUCCACUGGCACAUAGUGGAUGACCAGUCUUUCCCUUAUCAGAGCAUCACUUUUCCUGAAUUAAGCAAUAAAGGAAGCUAUUCUUUGUCUCAUGUUUAUACACCAAACGAUGUCCGUACAGUGAUUGAAUAUGCCCGAUUCCGAGGGAUUCGCGUCCUGCCAGAAUUUGACAGCCCUGGACAUACGGCAUCUUGGGGAAAAGGCCAGAAAGAUGUCCUGACUCCAUGUUAUCACUCGAGAGAGCCAUCUGGGACUUUCGGACCUAUAAACCCUAUAUUGAAUUCAACUUACAGCUUCCUGUCUAAACUUUUCAAAGAAAUUAGUACAGUGUUUCCAGAUAAAUUCAUUCAUCUGGGAGGAGAUGAAGUAGAUUUUCAUUGUUGGAAGUCCAAUCCAGCAGUCCUGCAUUUCAUGAGGAACAAAGGCUUUGGCAAAAAAAUUUGAGAACUACAACAAUCUUUCUAUAUGCAGAAGUAA